UCUCUCUUUCUUCUCUCACCCAUAAUUGCUCCACUCUUUCUUACCUUUUCCUCAACCAUAAUCAAGCCGAUUCUCGAAUUGGGGCCUUCUCGUUUGCAAUUUCUGGGGGAAAAAGGAAAAAGGAGAGUAAAUCACAAUACCCCUCCAAUUGCAACACCCAAUCCUAAUCACCGAAGGCAGAUUGUUUAAACGUUUCAGAGAAAGGUGAAUCCAAUCGGCGCAAUGUUGUGUUGUCCGUUGCCUUCUACCAUGAUUGUGUUUUGAAAGGUAUGGAGUGUUUUGUUAUCCAGAAGAGAGAAUGGUGCAGUGCCUAGAUGGAGUGAAGCAUCUGCUUUUUGCUGUCGUAAAUUGCUGUGCAUCUGAGAUUAACAAGCAACAUCGGGGCCUGGAAAAUCCUGAAGCUCUAGCAAGGGAGACAGUGUUUAGUGUUAGCGAAAUAGAAGCCUUGUACGAGUUAUUUAAAAAAAUCAGCAGUGCUGUGAUCGACGAUGGUUUGAUUAACAAGGAAGAGUUCCAGCUUGCGCUGUUCAAGACAAACAAAAAGGAGAGCCUAUUCGCUGACAGGGUAUUUGACCUCUUUGAUACCAAGCACAAUGGGAUAUUAGACUUCGAAGAGUUUGCACGUGCCCUUUCAGUCUUUCACCCUAAUGCUCCCAUUGAAGAUAAGAUUGACUUCUCAUUUCAAUUAUACGAUCUCAAGCAGCAGGGAUUCAUCGAAAGACAGGAGGUAAAGCAAAUGGUAGUUGCAACGCUGGCAGAGUCCGGAAUGAACCUAUCCGAUGAUGUCAUUGAAAGUAUCAUCGACAAGACAUUCGAGGAAGCAGACACCAAACACGACGGAAAGAUCGACAAAGAAGAGUGGCGAAGCCUAGUGAUGCGACAUCCGUCUCUUCUAAAGAACAUGACCCUUCAAUACCUCAAAGACAUUACCACCACUUUCCCGAGCUUCGUAUUUCAUUCUCAAGUCGAUGAUACAUGAAGCACCUCGACCAGAGUUUGUCGGUUGCUGCAUAUGUGUUAAAAAAAACUCUGGCAAAAGAAGCUCCGGCGACUCGAUUGGUAUGAAAAUGGUGGUUUUUUAUGGGCUUUAUAUGCCAUUCUUGGAAUCGAAAAUGUGUGAUUUGUGUUAAUUUGACGAAAUGUUCACUCCGAACACAUUUAUUGGUUCUAUUAUUGUGCGUUUUGUGAUAUGAUCAUGCAAUGUUAUGAAUUUAUUGAAACAAUCUUGUCCAUAA